AUGGCGGCAAAGGACGCGGAGGCUGCCGAUGAGGCAAAGGCGGGCGAGCCGCUUCGGACGCGGAGGCAGGUCUGCAGUGCCGAGAAGGACGCGACGUCGGUCCAUGAGCGGCUUGCGCUGCUGCACAACCGCUUGCAUGACCUGCGAAAGCGACUACAGAAGUUCGCCAAGCAGCAGGCCGAACUCGCCAAGCACGCAGAGGAUAAGAAGAAGCUACAGACUGCGACUACGAAGAUCAGAUACCUCGAGCGCAGGGCUAACCAGCUGGCCGCGGCGGGGCAGCCUGCCGUGGCCGGCGCCGGCAAGGACUGGAACCUGGCAGUCCAGCACCUCACGGCAGCUGUGGACACCCCGAAGAAGGUGCACGGGGAGGCGGCGGCGCGGGCCCCUCGUCUCGGGAAGGGCAAACAGGCACUCGCCCAUGUGGAGCAGAAGCGCCAGGAUGGCCGUGACAGGGCCAGGCACAUGCCGUUCCAGCGCAGCCAGCGGGACAGGGACAAGGCAGCGGAGUGCAGCUCGGACGGCGAGCGCCUGACCGUUUCGUUGAAGUGCUGGCUAGGCCGCGCGAAGGUCCAGGCGAGCCACGCGAAGCUCAUCCACCCAGACUUCGGCAUCUUCCCUGGGGACUGCCCGUGGCUAGCCGUCAAGGGCACCAUGCUCAGCUGUGGCCAAGCAAUCAGGACGGUAGCAGCCUGCCAGAGCUGCAUCGAAUACUACGCUGAAGAGGCCAAGAUUGCCGACGCACUCGGGAAGGACGCGCCGGGCAAGUCUACACUGGCCUGGCGAAAGUGGGUGCAGGAACACUCCGACGGGGGCGGUGGACCGCUACACAAGUGGACAAUGUCAAGCACCCCUUGGCAGCCGCUGGCGCCCAAGAACGCUGGCAAGAAUAAGCUCAGGAUAACCGUGCACUCCCAUGUCACCGCGGAGAGAGUCUACUGGGUGACGCGCAUCGUGAUCCAUAUGCUCCACAGAUAA